AUGAGGAUGUGGGGGAUUCCUCUAAAAUGCCCUCAAUGUUCCCGAAAGAUGAACAGCUCGGGCAUCUACAGGAAGGUGAGAGAGGUGAUUGACGUGGAUAGUCGCUACUACCUGGUGGGAGGAGACUAUCCACGUUGCAACAAGUGCGCUCUGCCGGUCUGCCCAUGGAGCCAGGAUAUCCUCUCGCAGCUGGAUGUAGCCCACAGGAGCAUGUUUCCCGCUGUCCUCACUACACACCUGGCUCUGGACAGGAAAUGUAUGACCUUCCUGAAGCCGAGGACCAGUGGAAACAGCUCCUCCUACUUCCAAGCGGCAAUAGAGGAAGUGCACAGCGAGGAGUGGGCACGUCAGGCCAUCCGAUACCUCUCGGACUGUGAGAGCCAUCAGAAGAUGGCUACCUUUGUCCCCUCUGCAGCUGCCUAUCCUCUUCCACUGCCCUUUAGGCCCCUUCCACUUGCUCAGUGGUUUGAGACUGUCCACUCCAACGACAUCCUCAGCCAUCUGCAGGAAAUGAAGGGAGUCAUCACUUCUACCUACAGUAUGGUCACCAAGAAGCUGGCUGGUGGAAUAGGGGGCAGCGCUGCAUGGAUGACAAACAUCGGUAACGAGUUUGGGCAGGUUCUGAACUCUGUUCUGACGACGGGUGAAGACGAGCGCACGGCGGUGGAGUAUUUAUUGGGCCAGACCAACAGAGGGGACCUGCUUGCUCCUGCACCUGCCCCUGAAAACCCCUCACAGGUGCUUGAGGAGGAGGAGGAGGAGGAGGAGGAGGAGGCAUAUGCCCCCAUACACAUGCCAGAGCUGUUGGCUGGUGAUGCGAGGGACCAGUUGUUGGAGGGGGACACUGAACCCACUGAACCUGUCACACCCAAGACCAGCCAAUGUGACUCCAGAGGUGUUGUGGGAUGGGAGAGUGUGGACGCCCUGGCAGCCUAUCUCGUUGGCCUGAACCGCACCACCACUGCUCUGUCAGCCAAGGAGGAGGCAGACAUAGUCCGUCUGUACACAGCUCUCCAUGACAUGGACAAGACACCUUCAAGGUACAGCCAGAAGGGUAAAAAGAAGGGACAGGUGUCAGCAGGACCAUGGAGAGCACCCAGAAAGCCCAGUGGCUCUGCUCCAGGACAGCAGGCGGCAGAAAGACUGUACAUGACUCAUGGCCAAGCAGCUCAGGACCCUGAAGCAAACAGAGUCAGUGAGUGUGUUUGCCUCAGACUGGCCAAAGAGUUUGAUCAGGCACGCAACAGGCCAAAGGACGUAAAGGGCAAGACCAUGCCCAUCCCACAGUCCAUCGUCAGCGUCUACAGCCACCUCAGACAGCUGCUGGAGGACAGCAGGGUGGUCCUGGGUCAGACCAACGUGGUGCUGGUACCAGUCAACAACACCACUGUCUCCUCAUGGCUGCUCAGGAGGGACAAGAGGAAGGACAGGGACAUGCUUCUGCAGGGCACUGUUCUUCCAAAACAGCUGCACCAGGCCAAGGAGCCUCUGCCUUCAGUGAGCACUCUCCCUGCUGCCCCUGAACCACAUGCUCAGGAGAUGACUUUUGAAGAGCCUGAGAAUCGUGAGGGAGAAGCUUUCCCCCGCCAGCGAAAUGUUGCAGGACCCAGCCAACCUGUGCCUCAUCCACCACCUCCCCCUUUCCCUUCACAAUAUGGACCAGCUCCUCCUCUCCAGCAAGCCCCUCAUUUACAUCACCCUCCAUUUCCCCAUGUUCCUCCACAUCUGCACCCCCAAUACCCUUAUCCUCCUCCAUUCCCCCAUGCUCCACCUUUUCAAUAUGCUCCUCCACUUUCACAAGCUCCUCCACUCCCCCAUGCUCCACCUUUUCAAUAUGCUCCUCCACUUUCACAAGCUCCUCCACUCCCCCAUGCUCCUCCGUGUCCCGAGGCUCCUCCGCUGCAGCAGCCUCCAGCAGGCCUUCCCUCUCAGCCAAGGCAGCGUGCAUGGAGGCUGAAUAAAGCUGCCCAGGAGGAUGAGGAGCGAGCAUUAAGGGGCGAACCAUCGAAGAAGAGGUUGGCCAAAGAAAAGUACCACUACACCUGCAAGCAGUGUGGUGAGAACAAGAGCAAGACCACAGGACACACGCAGGUGAAAGGGCGGUGGUACUGUCCGGCCUCAGGUCUGACCCUGGAAGACUGGAGGAGGAGCCUCAACUGA